CUGUCACCGCGCGCCGCCGGGGAAGGAGCCAGCAAGCGGCAGGGGUCGGAAUCUUGCUGCAGAUUCUCCGAUGCUGGUGCUUUCGUUUGUUCUUGGUCACGUGCUCCGCAGGCAUAAGGUCUAUUAUAUGCCCGAGGCCAGCGCCUCUCUCCUCAUCGGUUUGGUCGUUGGGGGACUUGCCAACAUAUCUAAUACAGAAAGAAACACAAGGACCUGGUUCAAUUUCCAUGAGGAAUUUUUCUUCCUCUUCUUGUUGCCACCGAUUAUAUUUCAAUCAGGAUUCAGCUUAUCUCCGAAACCUUUCUUUUCUAAUUUUGGUGCCAUCGUCACCAUUGCUAUUUUUGGGACCUUCAUUGCUGCAAUAGUUACAGGCAUUUUGGUUUACCUUGGUGGGUUAACAUUCCUGAUGUAUAAAUUACCACUGGUUGAAUGUCUUAUGUUUGGUGCUCUUAUAUCAGCAACAGAUCCUGUAACUGUGUUAUCCAUAUUUCAGGAACUGGGCACUGAUAUGAACCUUUAUGCCUUGGUGUUUGGAGAAUCUGUUUUAAAUGAUGCAAUGGCAAUUUCCUUGUACAGAACAAUGUCUUCAGUAAGGAGUCAAGCCUCUGGCCAGAACUUCUUUAUGCUUGUUCUGAGGUUUCUUGAGACAUUUGUUGGCUCAAUGUCUUCAGGGGUUGGAGUUGGAUUCACUUCAGCACUGCUUUUUAAGUAUGCUGGGUUGGAUAUUGACAACCUUCAUAACCUGGAGUGUUGCCUUUUUGUCCUCCUGAACUGUCGUUUAACUCUUGCAUAGAGUCAUCUAAUGCUUGCUUUUAAUUGAUUUCAAAUAUUUUUCAGUUACAUGUUAGCAGAAGGUUUGGGUCUGUCUGGUAUUGUUUCAAUAUUGUUCACGGGAAUUGUCAUGAAGCGCUACACAUUCUCAAACUUGUCAGAAGAUUCUCAACGGUUUACAGCUGCUUUUUUCCACCUGAUAUCUUCCUUAGCAGAAACAUUUGUAUUCAUAUACAUGGGUUUUGACAUUGCCAUGGAACAACACAGCUGGUCACAUAUUGGUUUUAUCUUUUUCUCAAUUCUGUUCAUAGGAGUUGCAAGGGCGGUGAAUGUCUUCUCCUGUGGUUACUUGAUCAACUUAGUUCGACCAGCAAAUAGGCAAAUACCACCAAAGCAUCUAAAGGCUCUUUGGUAUAGUGGCCUUAGAGGGGCUAUGGCUUUUGCCCUUGCUCUGCAAUCUGUACAUGAUCUUCCUGAUGGACAUGGGCAAAUAAUACUCACAACGACCACUGCAAUUGUUGUUUUGACGGUCCUGUUAAUUGGAGGCUCAACAGGCACCAUGCUUGAGGCUCUGGAAGUUGUAGGUGAUGUGCAUGAUGUUCCUCUUGGAGAGAGCUUUGAGGAGAAUGGGUAUAUCUCCCCAUCCUACGAAGAGGGAACAUCAUCUGGCAGCAGGUUAAAGAUGAAACUCAAAGAAUUUCACAAAAGUACUGCAUCUUUCACAGCAUUAGAUAAGAAUUAUCUGACUCCAUUCUUCACAAGCCAAAAUGAUGAAGAGGAUUCUGAUGAAGCCAUUGAACCAAUUGUGAACUCAAGAAGAGGACUACGAGGAGGGCAACGAUAGUUGCGCUCGUGAUAGAUUGUAAUUAGCCAUAUACCUAUCUCUACCACAUAAAUGCAAGCUCUGAAACUGAGCAAUGCUAGUUGUUUUAUAGAUAAACCACAGAGCAGAUCCAUAUGUAAAUAUUGCAAUUUUCAUAUGUAGAAACAUGUUCAAGUCAUUAAUGUACAGUAUGUGAUUACUAUCUUUAAUAUCAAUAUUAUUGAAGUAGAUUACUAUC